AUGGAGUCGGCAGUUUCUCUGUUCCAAGACCAUAUCGUGGCGAGGGCGGCGUCGACAGAAAUGCCCAUGUGCGCGAAGAAGUGCCUGAUUGAAUACCUGCCACAAUCAGCAUGCCAUGUGGCGUCCAACAUCACGUGCAUCUGCACCAACGCGCCCCUCACGGCACAGAUGGGAGCAUGCGUGCUGGGGGGCUGCUCGACCAGGGAUGCCCUGUUGACCAAGAGGUUCGACGCAGAAACGUGCAACGCGCCCGUCACCGACAACUCAAUGGGCCUCAAGGUGAUCACGCCGCUGUUUGGCGUGCUCGCCGUGCUCUUCUGCCUGUGCCGGGUGUGGGCGCGGUCGCUCACCGGGCUGGCCGCCUCGUGGCAGACCGACGACUGGAUGUGCCUCGUGACGACAAUCUUCUCCGUCCCGCUGACGGUGGUGUCGUACCUCUUCGCGGCCCACGGCCUGGGGCGCGACCUGUGGAUGGUCGACUUUGACGACAUCACCUUUGUGCUCGAGAUGUACUACUACUCGGAGAUCCUCUACCUCGCCGUCGUCUUCAUGACCAAGAUCUCCAUCUGCUACUUCUACCUGCGCAUCUUUCCCAAAAAGGAGUUCCGCGUCCGCGUCUUCACCGUCAUCGGCAUAUCCGCCGCCAGCGCCGUCGCCUUCAUCGUCAUCACAAUCUUCCAGUGCUGGCCCAUCCCGGGGGCGUGGCUGCACUGGGACGGCACCUACGAGGCCGAGUGCCGCUCCGUGCAGACGCAGGCGCUGUGGGGCGCCAUCGUGUCCAUCAUCCUGGACGUGGCCACCAUCUUCCUGCCCAUGACGGAGCUCUGGGCGCUCAACAUGUCGCUGCGCAAGAAGCUUGGCGUCAUGACCAUGUUCGCCACGGGGGUCUUCGUCGUCGUCGUGCAGGUGCUGCGCAUCGUCUACCUGCUCAAGUUCUCGGCCUCCGCCAACUUCACGCACGACUACACCGCCACCAGCAUCUGGUCCAACGUCGAGGUCUACGUCGGCAUCAUGUGCGCCUGCUUCCCGCAGUGCCGCACCCUCCUCACCCGCUUCGGCCCCAAGAUCUUCAACUCCACCAAGGGCGCGUCCACAAAGGGCGGGCCCGAGCCCGGCAUCCGCGUCACGACAAAGAUACAGAACAAGUUCUCCCAGAGGCCCUCCCGCGACGACGAGGCGGAGUUUGUCGAGCUGCGGUGCGCCGCUGGGCCGGAUGGCUUCAACUCGACGACCAACCUGCACCGGACGCCUGAAAAGGAUGGGCCGGGGUUCAAGGAGACGGUUUGA